CCCAGGCCCAUUUUACACGGAUGUACCGCAAACUACCCGCGGUGCCAUGGCUGCGUUCCAGUUCGCUUUCUUCAUGAGUCCUGCGCUAGGCUCAAGGAAGUAAAGGCCUCUCCAGCUGAAACUCCCCCGUCCCCAGCAGAGAAUAGAGUCCCAGUCCCCACUGCCACAUCCUCACAGACUGCCCCUACUCCAAACAACUCCCCAGACAGAGUGGUAGCGCCUAAAUCAAUUGGGCAGAGAGUAGUGGACGAACUAAAGCCCUCGGUUGCUUGGGAUUGACACGAACAUCGCAGGGAGGAUGGUGUGGAAGUUACUACACGGCCAACAGCUCACGAGGAGAGAGCGCAGAAGGGCGUGGCAGCCAUGAGUGUGUCAGAGCUGCAGGUGGCGUGUCGUAGCCGGGGAAUGAGGUCACUGGGGCUGACGACCGAGCAACUCAUGCAGCAACUGCAACAGUGGUUGGCUCUUCACCUGAAGGAGAAUGUUCCUCCAUCUCUCCUGCUGCUGUUCCCGUGCCAUGUACCAUACCGACCUCACACCCAAGUCCCCUGUCAUCCUCCCCAUCGUCAAACUGGAGCAAGUCGCCGCCCCCCUCCCGCAGUGAUCGAGGACCCGGUCAAAGACAAGCCCAUGUCUGCGUCACUAGAAGUCCUGGUGGACUCUGCCCCCAUUAUCAUGGACAGGAAGGUAAGGAGAGUUUUGGAUAAAGCCAGGAUUGUGGAAUUGAAGAUGGUGUCACCAGAAGCUCAGUUAAUACAUGGAAAAGGUGCUGAGUUGGCUACUAAGGUGAAUGCACCAAUUUGUAAGUCGCUCUGGAUAAGAGCGUCUGCUAAGUGACGUAAAUGUAAAUGUAAUGGCUGCCAAGGCCUACACUACUGGGUCCAACACUCACUAGCUGCAUAGACUGCUGAAGGAAGCUUCAAUCCCAACCCCCAUUCCCUCCUUCACUUCUGGUUUAGGGAAGCCAUCGUGGCACACUUUUUAGUCAAGUAAACCAAGGAAAAGAUGAGAGAGCUACACAGUUGGAGGCGGACAUGGCUUACUACUUGUCAUCCGAAAGGACGAGUCUAAUCCAAAGAAACGACAAUGGAGAAGAAGUGAGAGGGUCACUUUAAAUGUAUUGCUUCCUUCAUCGUCUGAACUGUUAAUUUGCUGCACUCCAUCUGACGGGAUAUUGCUCAAGUGUUUACAGUUGUAAGAUCUGUAUCAUAUAUCAGUAUUUGUUUUACUCUGGAACAGAACAUAAUGUUCUGUGAUUUGAACUAUGGUAAACGUUGCACUGUAACGGCGGCACAUCUUUUGUAUAAUAUCAUGUUUAAUAGAAUCAUCAGUCUCAUCAUUUAUUACAGCUAAAUGGUAUCCUGUACAUUUGUACAUUUGUUGAAUGUAUGAUAUGGAAAUACGUGCCUCUGCUUUGUGCAGUCCACUGGGCUAUACUCUAAGCUUAGUCUAAGCCUUAGACUAAGCUUAGACUCUAAGGGGUGUCAAUCUUACUACAGUUUUAUUAAGACAAAAUUAUGGGACGUUCCUAUUAUUGGUUGGUGAACACAUUGUUAAUGGUAAGCAUGAUGUUAUUAGAAUUUCUCUCAUACAGGGGAAUGUAAUACUCACUCCUCUGGGACAUUUUUGUUAGCCUGCUAGCUGCUACUACGUUGCCAGGUUACUAUGUACGCCAGGUCUGCUUAUUGGCUAAACCUGCAGUCUGAAUCAAAAUGGGAUUUAUAUUUUGGGCUUGCUUUAUUUAAAGGGAUAUGUAGAUAAAUACCUUAAAAAAUAUAGUUUUAAAAUCAUGGUGCCAUAAUAUAAAAAAAUAUAUAUAUAUUUUUUUUAUAUAUAGAAAUCCUAUUAAAAAAAAACAUGAGCUGGCACACACCUGUCACGUCCUGACCAGCAGAGAGAGUAGUGGUUUAGUAUUUUGGUUAGGACGUGACAGAGGGAUGUUUGUUUUUGUAUGGUGGUGGUUUUUGUGUGUGUUGUGAGGGGUGUUUGAUUUAUGUGUUGCUGGGUUUUUGGAUGUAUGUUCUAGGUUGUAUGUUCUAGGUUGUAUUGCUGCAUUUUUGUCUAGUUUUAGGGUUGGGCGCUGGACUCUCAAUUGGAGGCAGGUGUUUCUAGUUGCCUCUGAUUGAGAGUCCUAUAUAGGGGUGUGUGUUUGUUAGUAGGUUGUGGGAAGUUGUUUGUGAGCACUGCUUUGUUUAGCCUGCAACUCUGGGCGUGAGUAUUGUUUUUUUUUUCGUGUUCACGUGUUUGGAAUAAAUGAUCAUGAUGAACAUGCAA